AUAGUUGAAGGACGGGAUAAGAAAGAACUUGCAAAGAUUUUGGAAGCAAAUUAGUUAAGGAUUAAUUAUGGCCAAUCUGCAAAUAGUUCCAGCUUGUAGAAAUAAUGUGGAGGCGCAGUUUGUGGAGAUGAUGGUGCCUCUUUAUUCUUAUGGAUGUGAGAAGAAAGUGAAGAAGACUCUUUCUCAUCUCAAAGGAAUAUACUCGGUAAACGUGGAUUAUAAUCAACAGAAAGUAACGGUGUGGGGAAUAUGUAACAAAUAUGAUGUUCUAGAUUCUAUGAGGAGCAAGAGAAAAGAAGCAAGAUUUUGGAACCCUCAAGAUAACAUUGCAUUGGGAGAACCACUACAAUCACCAUCACCAAUAAUAUCAUCUCCUCCUAAUCCAAAAAACUAUUCCAUUUCCAAUUCCAAGCCUUCCUUGGCUCUCACUAAGUUUCGGUCGUUUACCUGGAAAGCAAUGAAGAAGGCCUUCACUAGAUCCCAUUCCCUCUGAUCAAGCACAUUAAUGUCAAAAAUUAGAAGAAAAAGAGGAAAAUUUUGGCAAAAUUUGUCUUAGUUUGUAAAUUUGGCAAAAUACAUUGAUAUCGGAUGAUCUAUUUCUUAGUUUGUAAAUAUAUAUAUUUUUCGGCUCCUUGGGGACUUUGUUUAAUUUCA